AUGAAGCCAACACCAGCCAAAUAUUUUAGCCAGUAUUCUAUUAGUCAUUGCCCACACAGUAUUCUAUUAGUCAUUGCCGCGGUGGAGAAAGUCCAGUCCUGACGAAAUAUUACUCAAGGCUACCAUGGUUGCACUUUUGGCGUUCCACUCAAGAACAAACAAUUCUAUAGCAUAGCCUACCAUACCGCACUUCGCGAUGUGGCAGUAGCCUACUGUCGCUGAUAACAAAUGUCCACCUGCUAACCCGUGGAAAGAAAUGAAGAGAGAAAUUGCAGCAGUUGUGUUCUUCCUGAAAAGACUGAUAAAGAAAACGGGCAAAGUGGAGGCAGAGAAAGUUGAAGUUUUUGUGGAACGGCUCAUGUUAGCAUUGCAAGACAAGUACAAGGGCCAUUGGUACGCCGAGAGCCCCAGCAAAGGUCAGGCGUUCAGGUGUAUCCGUAUGGACAGCUCACAGAGGGAGGACCCGGAGCUGAGGCGGGCGUGUGACGAGAGCGGUGUACAGUACGCUGACCUGGGCCUGCCCCGCGAACUCACUUUAUGGGUAGACCCUGGUGAAGUGGUGUGCAGAUACGGUGAGAACAAACCCGCUUUCACCAUUGCAAAUUUCUCUGGAGAAGAGAGCACAGACGAAGUGAACGUGACAAAGAAGGUGAUCAGCGCUGUAGAGAACGUUUUUGCCAACCACCAUUGCAGCCCAUCAUCUGACCGGGAAGGAGGAGACAGGGGACAAAGGCAUACAUCAAUCCCCUUCAACACUCGUCGCUCUUUCCAGCUGACUAAAAUUUGCGCCCCCACCCGGUUGCGUCAGCCUUUCUCUGGACCUAUCCAUAACGAGUCCGUUGUAAAAUUAAAUCCCCUUUGAACUACCGGUUUACCUCAAAGAUUCUGUUAUCGUAUUCUGUACUAUAAUAUAAAUCAAAUUCUACUCCUACAGCAGUAAACGGCUGAUGAUUGAUUGAUAUUUUAUAGUUAAAUAUGCUUUAUAAAUCGCUUUGUACAAAAUCGGCUGCUAAACACAUAACCAUUGCUAUGACCAUAACAAAAAUAGUUUAAGUUUUAAGUAAGGCUAACGUUAGCUAAAAGCCAGAUAGUAGGCUAAUGGUGUACUGUGGAUUACCCAUUUACAAACGUAUAUGGGUAACUUCUGGUAUGAAAUUGAGUAGACCUAGAUAGUGGGAUAAUUUAGAGUCAGAAUUUAUGAGAAUUUUUUUUUAGACUGGUGUUUAUUUGGCUAUUUGUUAAAAUGGAUGACAUGAAUGCUCUUAUCAAGCUAUAUUUUGGAAUUGGGUUUAAUAAUAAGGAAAUGGUCUGUUAAUCACCGUAUCGUAACGAAUUCGUACUAUGAAACGACGUUGUGGAGAACUGGGUCUUUACUGGAGGAGAUAUCAUUCUGAUUUAAACCAGGUAAUAUCCUUUGGGCAGGAGGAACUAUCUAGAAAUUGGCAAAUACAAGGUUAUUGUGGGUUGCAUCUUCUGGCUUCAUCUUCCGUAAAGCAGAACCACCUAUGGGGUGAAUGUUUUUCCUUAGGCGCACCCUGAGAAAAAAAGUCAGAAUUUCUGAGGAAAAAAAGGUCAUAAGAUGCAUCCAACGAGUUUGAAAUCAAAGUCAAACUUUCUCCACAAAACAGCAUUAAGGAAUGGUUUGGUGGAUUAAAAAAAAAAAUCCUGAUUUCUCUUCUAUCUAUUUGACUUGGUACUUUUUUCAAUGGCAAAGUUUUUUUCUGCAUUUGUUGCUACUGUCCAGCCCCUCGUGUGAUUUUCUGCAUCCUGCUGCUAUAUUCUUCAACAAUCACUUGGAGCCUUGAUGAAUUGAAAUUGUUGUCAGUGACAUGAAUAGCAUUCAACUUGCUAGAAAAUAAUAUUCGGUUAGUUGGAGACAUGCAUUCAUCUGGUAUGGUGAUGAAUCAUUGUGAAUGAAAGAGAUACAGGGAAAAAAGCAAAUUUGGAAAUGAGGAGUACACUUCCAGGAUUUAAUUUUAUAUUGACAACACGAUUAAGUAUUUUCAUUGUUGGACAUAGAUCAUUUUAGGCAAGUUACAGACUUUCGCAGGUAAUCCAUUGUGUGAUGCUGUUGGUGAUGAUUCGAGAAAUGUACAAAGCGAAUGAGAAAACGGUACUGUGUGAGUGCAUGUGUGACGUCUGUGUGAGAGAGAGCAGACUGUGCCCCCUGCUGUGUAGAGCUGGAGUUAGAUUCUGCCCUAGAGUCUCUACUGCAAAUUAGGCCCACUAAUAGAGCUGGAGAGCCUUGAAACACUCACUGCUUGGCCGAUUUAUGCUUCUGUGUAGAAUCUACGCCGUAGGUAAGGCGUAGCUGUGUGCCGUGUGCCCUAUGCCGUAGCCUGACGCUCGCAUCCCCAGAAAUGGAACUACACAUCGCUGCAACUUUGAUUGGUUCACUCCCUCGACCCUUGGGGGUGUGUUGUAGGGAUUGCACAGAAUACUUGAGUAUACGAGUAAUCGAGCAACUACACCAAUUCAACUACACAAGUUCUCAUUAAUCAUGUGAUGCUAGUGUAAGAACUGAAAAUAUAUCUGUUUUAAAUAUUGUUCUCUGUUAGUAGUGACUACAUUUCCCAUACUGCUUUGUUGAUGAGUUGAUGGUUGUUUUGGAUGGCGCUGGAGGGGCUCAGCGUCUCCGAACUCGUCUGCCUCUGUUAAAUUAUUGCCUACACCGUCCACGUUAUAACCCCUACCAAGGAUCUCAAGUUUUACACUAUUUCUCUGUAACUUUAAAAAAAUAAAAAGUGAAAAAGCCAGACAAACUACAAACUACACAAACUACGACCAUCUACAGAGUUUGGUCCUUUAUUUUUUGCAACUACUAUUGCAGAGUGAUGCAUGCAUACCCGUGCACAUGUUUAAAUGCUCACAACGGCGUAGGCUACGGCAUAGGCUCUGAGUAGAGCAUACGUACAACUACAAAUCAGCCAUCCACAGCCCAGCUGACGCACACAAGUGUGUGUUUGCAUCACAAGAUGUCAGCACUUUUCCUACAAAGCACUGCUUUACGUGGAAGGGGUGUGUGACAGCGCUUAACCUGCAUUGAGCUGAGGCAGGCAGCAUCCCCAGCCCCAGCCUACCCCCAUGUAUGAGCCCAGUUCACAGGACAGGUAGAUUGAUGCAGGGAGCCCGUGGCCACGUUAAGGAAGCAAUAAGCGAAACAUUUCUUGCACGCCUAGCAGGAAAUGUUCACUUAAAUCUGGGGGAGGGGGGAGAAAACAGCAUGGAUGAAGCAUAGAGAGUGAUGGCAGCUUUGCUGGUUCCACCAUAGAUUCACCCCUGAGAUUCACUUUUUCUUUCUCUCUCCAUGUUUCUCUCUCCUUCUUUCAGUUACACACACCUUUAAAGUAUAGAUGUACAUCCAUGUGCAUCAUACACACACAUACAUGUUAACACAUAGACACACCCUUUCCCUGUAUUAGAUAAGUAUAGGUAAACAUUAAACAAGGGGACUGUGAACUUUUGUUUGACUUUGUCUCUCAUUUCCACUUGUUUGCUCGUAUCUGCAUUAAAAUUUCAGAGGUGCAGUGGUAGGCGGUCUCUCUGUUUGGGGGAUGGGAUGUGUGGCUCAUUACCAUCAGGUGCUCCCAUCUCCUCCUAGUCAGAGGCGUAUAAACAGCCCUGUGUGAGUGAAUGAUGAGCAUGCUCUGUCUGUCCUGAGCACAUUAUG